AUGUCUUUCGAAAAUGCUAAUCACUUUAAAAGGAAACAAUCAAAAAAAUAUUUAUUGGUCGAAGACAUUAAGUGCUUGAAAAAUGAAAUUAAAAAUUAUAAAAUCAUUAGCACUUCGAUUAGCUCUGAGACUCAGAAAAAUAAUUUCUCAAAGCAUAACUUCCAGUGGGAUAAUGUAUUUAAUAACGCUAAAGGACUGAAUCAUAAUUUACUCUUGAAGCAUAAACGCCUAGUUGAUGAACUUAAAGAAUACAAAAAUAAUGAUGCUGUUUUCGGAGUU